AUGGAGUCAGGCCCAUUACCUCUCCAUAUCUAUGUAACUCCCUCCUCUAUUCUAGGCCAAUUUUUACUCCCUCUCCUUUUAUCCUUUUAUUCUUUCCUUUUUUCCUUCUUUUGCUUUUCAAAUUUCCUGCGAAGAAACUUUUCCCUUUGUUUCCUCCUCCGUUGCUCUUUUUUUUUUCAAUUUCUCUUUUUCUUUUCUUCUUUGUCGAUCUUUCUUUCAAUGUCAUUGUUUCUUUUCUCUUUCUCGAUUUUACUUUCAAUUUUCCCGCUUUUUUUCUUCUUUGCUGAUCUAAAUCUCAGUUUCUCCUUUUUUUUUUCACAGUCAAUCUUUCUUUCAAUUUCUCUUUUUCUUUUCCUCUUUGUCGAUCUUCCUUUCAAUGUCAUUUUUUUUUCACAGUCAAUCUUUCUUUCAAUUUCUCUUUUUCUUUUCUUCUUUGUCGAUCUUUCUUUCGAUGUCCUUUUUUCUUCUCAGUCAAUCUCUCUUUCAAUUUCUCUUUUUCUUUUCUUCUUUGUCGAUCUUUCUUUGAAUGUCAUUGUUUCUUUUCUCUUUCUCGAUUUUACUUUCAAUUUUCCCGCCUUUUUCUUCUUUGCUGAUCUAAAUCUCAGUUUCUCCUUUGUUUUCUUCUCAGUCAAUCUUUCUUUCAAUUUCUCUUUUUCUUUUCUUCUUUGUCGAUCUUUCUUUCAAUGUUUCUUUUCUCUUUCUCGAUUUUGCUUUUCUCCUUUGUUUUCUUCUCAGUCAAUCUUUCUUUCAAUUUCUCUUUUUCUUUUCUUCUUUGUCGAUCUUUCUUUCAAUGUUUCUUUUCUCUUUCUCGAUUUUGCUGUCAAUUUUCCCGCUUUUUUCUUCUUUGCUGAUCUAAGUCUCAUAACGCCAAAUUUUCUAUCUAUCUGUUAUCUAUCUAUCCAAGUCUGUUGUCUAUCUUUCUAUCUAUCUAUCUAUCUAUCUAAGUCUGUUAUUAUCUAUCUAUCUAUCUAUCUAUCUAUCUAUCUAUCUAUCUAUCAUCUAUCCAAGUCUGUUAUUAUCUAUCUAUCUAUCUAUCUAUCUAUCUAUCUAUCUAUCUAUCUAUCUAUCUAUCAAUCUAUCUCAAUUGUCAUAUCUAUCUAUCUAUCUAUCUAUCUAUCUAUCUGUUCUUGUCUAUUUAUCCCAGACUGUUCUUAUCCAUCUAAGUCUGUUAUUAUCUAUCUAUCUAUCUAUCUAUCUAUCUGUUCUUGUCCCAUCUAUUUAUCCCAUGUUCUUACAUAUCUAUCUAUCUAUCUAUCUAUCUUUUUCAUUAUCUAUCAUAUCUAUCUAUCUAUCUAUCUAUCUAUCUAUCUAUCUAUCUGUUGUUAUUAUUCAUCUAUUUCUAUCCCAUCUAUCUCAGUUUUUCAUAUUCAUCAUCUAUAUCUAUCUAUCUAUCUAAUUCAUCUAUCUGUUCUUAAUUCAAAGCUUACUAUUUCUUUCUAUUUAUCUGUUCUCUAUAUAUCUGUCGAUCGAACUACUAAUCUAUCUAUCUUCAUGUUAUCUAUCUAUAUAUCUACAUGUUCUUUAUCUAUCUAUCUAUCUAUCUAUCUAUCUAUCUAUCUAUCCUUUAUUUAUUCGUCUAUCAAUUUCUGUAUAUAUAAUGUGAAAAUAGAUAACUAUUUUCAUAAUAUUUCUUUUUUUUUUUUGCUAUUCUGA